UCCAUACAGGAUGUGUCAUGUUAGUGUUGAUGUGACGUCAGAUGUUUCGUAGGCAAUCAAAAUGAAGGCACACACGCGGUAGAUCUGGCCAUACCUCGUAGCUGAACACAUGACAAUGCAUGAAGCUAACGUUAAACCCGGCGCAACAUUUAUUUGUUCGUUUCCCGACUGUCAUGCGUCGUACAACAAAGCGUGGAAGCUAGAAGCGCAUCUCUGUAAACACACAGGAGAGAGGCCAUAUAAGUGCGAGAAUAGCGGGUGCGGCAAAUCAUUCUGCACGAAAUAUCAUCUCGCGCGCCAUAAGCUGACACACACCGGCGACAGACCUUACAUAUGCACGGAGGACGGAUGCAACGAAGGAUUCACCACAAACUCCAACUUGAAGAAACAUAUUUCACGUAUUCACAGACAAGAGACAAAACAAUACAUAUGUACAUUUGAAGGAUGUGGCAAAGCAUUCAAGAAAAAUAACCAGCUGAAAACCCAUGAGUGUGCACACACAGAGCUGCUUCCUUUCUUGUGUUCACAUGAAGGCUGCGGGAGACGCUUUUCACAACGUGGUAAACUGAAGCGCCACGAGAAGGUACACAAAGGUUAUUCUUGCACAGCGGAGAGUUGCUCGUUUGUGGGAAAGAACUGGACGGAGAUGACAAACCACAAAAAAGUUCAUAUAGUCAGGGUACAGUGUGCUCAGUGUCAGAAAACAUUCAGGGACAGCUGGUUCCUGAAGCAGCAUCAGCAUGUUCACUCUGAAGAGCGUGUGGUGUAUCACUGUCCCAGAGAUGGAUGUUCACGCUCGUACACCACUGCCUUCAACCUGCAGAGCCACAUACUGUCGUUCCACGAAGAGCAGCGCUCCUUCAUCUGCACUCACCCCGGCUGCGGCAGGACCUUUGCCAUGAAGCAAAGUUUACUGCGCCAUGGUGUGAUGCAUGAUCCUGAAAAGAAACAGUUGAAACCCCGUCCGAAGCGCUCCCUGGCGUCCCGUCUGAGUGGCCACAAACCAAAAAACAAACGUCUAAUGAAAACUUCAAAUCCAGAUGAUCCUUCGGUGCCGCAAAUCAACCAAUCAGAAACGACCAUGAAUCCGCAAUUAAUUGGUCAGUUGCAUUCUCUCAGCUCUGAAAGCAGUACAUUUCCAAAUCCAGACUUCCCAGAAACCCCCCAGAGCUUCAUAAAUUCUGAUUUAGAGCCCAUUAAAUCAAAAAGUGUUGUCAGCAAAACAAAAUCCAUUUAUUCUGAGCUCAAUGACGCUGCAGAUCCAGUGGUUCACCUUCUAGAGCCCUUUUUAGUGUAGAGUCAUAUUCCACUGAACCCCAAAGAAACAUUUUAAAGACUUGUUCCAAAGGAAACAUGCCACUGCAGAAAAAUGCACGCUUGUACUGAAAUCUGCAUGUUUUAUUGUUGCUUCAAGUCGUUUGGUUCUUCUGUGGAGGAGGUACAAAGAGAUGCUGGUGUCUCAGGUUUUAAAUUCUUGUUCGAAGUCUCUGCUCCCUUUUUCUGCAGUUCUUUAGCAGAAGCAAGCCGAAGGACAGCACUAACCACAGACGGUUUCCAUACAAACCCAGCAGGCACUGAUAUCCUCUCCACCGUUGGCUUUAAGACUUUGACCUGCGAGGGGGGAAAAAAUAAAGAAAAUGCUGAAAUCUGCUGUGCUCAUUUAAUAGUAAAUGUAACUGUUUUGUUGGUUGUAAGUUGACAUUUAUACAAUGAAUUUGUGUAUAAAUAAACUAAUUGCAUGUAAACUUGGA